UAAUUUAUCAAAAAUGGCGGAUGAUCCUGAAGUAACAGCAGCUAAUGCAGUUGAAGAGCCCCUUGAUCUUGUACGCCUUAGUCUAGAUGAAAGAAUCUAUGUCAAAAUGAGGAAUGACAGAGAGCUACGAGGAAGACUUCAUGCUUAUGAUCAACAUCUGAAUAUUAUUCUUGGUGAUGUUGAAGAAACAGUGACAACAGUUGAGAUUGAUGAUGAAACCUAUGAAGAAGUUUACAAAACAACUAAGAGAAAUAUUCCAAUGUUAUUUGUACGUGGAGAUGGAGUGAUAUUAGUAUCGCCACCUGUGAGAGGAGGAAUUUAACAUCAUUGUUGUAUUUCCAAGAAAUUAAUUACAGUUAAUUUUAUUUUGAAUCAAUGGCAUUGUUGAAUAGGUACAGUUCAUAAGUAAAAAUCCAUUUUUUUUUUUACGAAUAAUCUUUACAUUGUAGAAAUGUGUGAAUAAAGUCUUCACAACUACUAUUUGAA